GAAAACAUAAAAGCUAUCCUGUAAAUCUAAAACUCGAUACAAUUGAAUAUGCAAAAAAAACAAAUAAUCAUGCUGCAGCACGGUUCUUUAACAUCGAUCAUACUCAAAUCAGCAGGUGGCGAGUGAAAGAAGAGGAGUUCAAGAACGCAAAGAAAACAAGUCGCAGAGUAGGAUCCAGUGCUUCAUCAUUAUAUUCACUUGCUGAAAAUUCAUUAAAAGAGUGGAUAGUUGAACAACGUCAAAGAGGAAUAGCAGUCACCCUAAGGAUGUUAAAUUUCAUAUAG